AUGUCGAAGCUCGCUGACACCUCAAUAACAGACAGCAUAUCAGAAGAAGAAGAUUUUCCAUUUCCUGUAUCAAUAUCCACCACUGAUUUCAAAAAUUUUAACAAUGACCCAGAAGCCAUUGAUCAAUUUCUAUACAAGAGCCAUCGAUUUACAUCCCUUGCUGUGUUGAUCCAAGAACUAAAAGAACUUUCGUCAAGUUUGAAUCAAAACUUGUUAGAUAUUGUCAACCAUGACUAUACUGAUUUUAUCAAAUUGGGAAAAUCAAUAAAUGGUGGUGAUGACAUGAUCAAUUCGAUAUCAGAGGAUUUGAAGCAGUUCAAGAUUCAACUACUUCAGUACGAUGGUAAAUUUAAUCAAAUGAAUGAUGAAGUCUCCACAACAUUAACUCUAAGAAGGCAAUUGAUUGGGUUGAAAAGUGUAGCCAAGUUGCAACUUUUACUCCAUGAUCAAAUUGAAAUAUUUGAAAAGUUGAGCAAGGAUGAUAUAAACCUUGGUAAUUUUCAGAAAAUGGCGGCCACUUAUUUAUCAGUUCUCAGCGUUGGGAAACAUUUGGAAAACUUGACCACCGAAUCUCAAACUAAAUUACAACAGCAAUAUUUGAAUGCAAAGGUCAACUCAGUAAUUAUGGAAUUUGAAAGCUUGGUACGACUGUUGAUCAAUGAGAUUAAAUUGAAAAGAAUUAAAGAGCCAAGCUUAGUCAUGCUGGUACUAAACAUUCAAAAUAUGAUCAAACAUUAA